GGAAGUUCGCGAGCACAUCAAAUGACGUUAUUCUCUCUCUCUCUUUCUCUGGUGCAUGUCAAAAACUGGAAGAUGAUUUGAGGAUAGGUGAAAGCCUAAUAGGCCAUUAUAAUUAAUAGGCAGUACAGCGGAACGACUCAAUUUCAUAAACGAAUUAAUUUAUACUAUGAGGAAUUAUUAUGAAUAGCUAGGCCUAAACUGGGUAGGCCUAUAUGCAAAGUUAGCGAGCGGAAAUGCAAAAUAAAAUCACACAGAUAAAAUAAUGCUCAACAAGAGGGAAAAUAUGUCGCGAAUACUUAGGCCAGUCAGGUUACAAGACUACCAGUCGGAUCAAGUUGAUUUGGUACUGGCAUUGUCCCUCGGUACCCUCUGUGGCCGGAACAACAUUUUACUUCCCACUAUAGGCCUAUAUAGCAUCCUCCUUGUUGUACAGUGCAUUUUCAAUUAGUAUUGUUAUGAGCCUGUAGUAGUAAUGUCAAUAUAGAAAUCCUUAUGGGUAUAUGGUAUAUAUGUGUAUAUUGUAUCAUGUAGUUGUAAUGUUUGAUUGUUUAAAAUUGUGUAUGCCCCCUGAGGGUCAUUGAUAGGUGAAUGAAAUAAAUAUGUGUAUAUGUGUACAUAUUAUUAACUAUGUAAUGAUUUUGAAAAUCACUGAUCCGUACAGAAAUUCUUUGUUGGAUUUAAAUAGCCAGUCAUUCCAGGUACCUUGUGUUGAUACACGUGAGGGAUUAUCGAUUUUAAGCGUAAACUCCUUCCUAAAAUAUUCUUGCAUUUUAAGGAGAAGGAGACGAUUGGAUUGUUUUAAAAAGGGGGUGGAUUUAUCUGUCUUAUGUAAGCUCACCACACGUGACAUUGGUACUGGUUAUGAAAAUACAGGAUUUCACCUCAAUUAACACCUAAACGUACCCUGGUUAGCGGACAUGAUACGACAGUCACUGAAACGAGUAUUGUGUAUAGAAUAGAACGAGACACAGGUGAGAAGACUGCACAUAAUAGGCCUAGUUAUCAUUAGACUGGUUGAUGGUUUGAUUCACAAUGAAUGGACAUCUAGAGAAGAAACCUGGAAUGAAUGAACAGGUCACCACAAAUGGUCAGAUACCUGUAGCGUCUAAAGAAAAGAAGAAGCCAAACAUUGUACAGAGAGUGGCCAAUAAAAUCGUCUGGUUCUUUGAAACAGGAUUUGAGAGGAUUGGCGUUUUAAUAAGUACACAUCCAUGGAAAACAAUACUGAUAUCAACAAUCAUCACCGGUCUUUUCUGCAUUGGUGCUGGUGUCAAUUUCACAGAAACAAACGACAACAGUGUGAUCUGGGUACCAUCAGAUGCAGAGGUGGUGGCCCACAAGAAAUACGUGGAAAGUGCCUACCCUUCUACAACAAGAUUUUUCUACCUGAUGUUGGUUAACAGUAAUGUUAUGACACAAACUUCCAUACAGAAUAUGUACAAUGCUUAUGAAACUAUAACAAACCUCAGCACAGGUUCAACAAACUAUUCCACAAUUUGCCAAAAGUCUGGUGGAAAUUGCCUGGUAACAAGUGUAUUAGAAUUGUGGUCAUAUGAUAGUACUACUAUCGCUGGCUUGACAGAUCAGUCAAUAAAGGAUGACGUGAACAAUACGAUAACCAGCCCGUUGUACAAAUCUCCAUGGGAAGCAUCCAAGUAUUUGGGAGGGAGAACUGUGUCCGGAUCGGAAAUUACGGCUGCCUCUGCUGCCAUCAUAACAUUUUUUAUUGAUAUUGAUGAUGAUAAUAAAACUGUGGCAGAAGCAUGGGAACAGCUGGCCCUUGACACAGCCAAGAAUGGAUUUCAAGGAUUUGAUAUUACAUAUUAUUUUGCAACCAGGAGUCGGAGUGAUGAAGCAGGAGAUGCCAUUCGAAAAGAUGUAUCACUGCUCUCAGCGGGAUAUUUCUUGGUCAUUGUCUACCUCUUUAUUGUCUUGGGAAGGCUCAAUUGUGUUGAACAAAGGAUUGGUUUGUCUCUGGCUGGUAUCAUUGUGAUUGGGAUGUCCAUCGGAUUCUCAUUUGGAUUGUCUAGUGCUGCAGGCUGGGAGUAUGGACCGCUACAUUCUAUUUUGCCCUUCUUACUGCUGGGUAUUGGAGUAGAUGACAUGUUUGUGGUUGUUGGGUCCUAUCAGAGUCUGAGUCACCAUGAGCUCAGUUUGCCUUUGAACGAAAGGAUGGGGAAGUUGUUACGACACGCAGGUGUAUCUGUUCUUGUGACCUCGGUGACUGACAUUUUGGCUUUUGGAAUUGGUGCUACAACGACCCUGCCAGCUCUGAGGUCGUUCUGUAUCUUUGCCUGCCUGGGGAUCUUAGGUCUGUUUUCUCUGGCUAUCACCUUCUUUUUGGCUUGUUUAACACUGGACAUUAUGAGGACAGAGCAAGGUCGGAAUGCCUGUAUCUGUUGCUAUAAACAGAAACCCGACUACAAACCCAACGCCUGCAGCCAGAGGAACCUCUUCAACACUGUGCUACGCAAAUACUACACCAAGAUACUUUUGAAGUUACCGGUCAAGAUUGGGGUGGUGGUGAUAACCUUGGGUUUGCUGGGACUGAACAUCUGGGGCUUCUAUAGCCUUAAGCAGGACUAUGAUGACAACUGGUUCUUUCCAACUGACUCCUAUGCGUAUGAAUUCAACGAAAUGAAAGACAAAUAUUUCCCAGGAGGAGGAGCCUCUGGAGGCGUCUAUUGCAAGAACAUUGAUUACUUUAACUCGAAGACGAAGUUUGAAACUUUGUACAACCAAACGACUAGCAACCAGUAUAUAGCGACUGGUUCAGUUGACAGUUGGUUCCAAUCUUACACAGACUGGUUAGAAACAAACCCGGCAGCAGCUGCUGGCAAAGUGACAAACAACUAUCCAAAUACAGAAGCAGACUUUGCAGAUCUUUUGUAUACUUUUCUGAACAAUGAAAAUAAUGGAAAACGGCAUCUAAGAGAGGUGGUUUUCCAAAACAACUCUGGAACCUUGGAUAUCACAACAACCUACGUUUCAUAUCAACACACAGUAUUUGAUACUGCCUCAGAUGAAAUUGUGGCUAUGGAUGCUAUGGUGGAAUUAGUGAAAGGAAUUUUUUCUGAGACAGAAUGCUUUCCGUAUUCCAGACUGUAUCUACAAUGGGAGACUAACAAAGUGAUUAAGAGUGAGCUCUUCAGAAACUUGGGCCUGGCUUCAGCGUGUGUAUUUGUAAUCACUCUGGUCCUGAUAGCCAAUCUUUGGACCAGUCUCCUGGUCUUCACCUGUGUCAUCAUGACUCUGGUGGAUGUGGCUGGCAUUAUGCACCUCUGGGGUUUGUCCAUCAACAUCGUGUCCUGUAUUAAUCUGGUCAUUGCCAUUGGACUGGCUGUGGAUUACUCAGCACACAUCGGCCAUUGUUUCAUGACAUUUGUAGGAGACAGAAAUGAGCGUGUAAGAGCAACCUUGGUGGAGAUGGGGAACCCAGUCUUCAGUGGAGGCUUCAGCACAUUUCUAGCAUUUAUUCUAUUAGCAGCCAGUAAAAGCUAUGUCUUUACUACAUUUUUCCAGAUAUUUCUUUUGGUUGUGGUGUUCGGUUUAUUCCAUGGUUUGGUAUAUCUCCCAGUAUUAUUGUCAUGGAUUGGUCCUUCUGCCUACACUACCGCCGACAGACGCUAUAAAGAUGAAGACUUAGAAACAGGAGAUAGUAAAGGUCCUGCAUUACAUGGCCAUGACAAUCUGGCCAUGAAAACUAAUAAUGGUAAAAAAAAAAAUUAUUGAUGUUGUGCUUUACGUAUAAAUAUAUAUUGCAACCAUAAUUCCCCUUUGAUAUAUUCAGUUUUAUUAUAUGCAUUAUUUUAUUUAAGUUUUUGUGGGUAAAUGUGAUUGAUAAGUUAUAUUAUUCUGCUCUGUUCUUUUCUUUUUGUGGAUGUAAUUUUAUCACCUGGCAUGUUUGGGAUUGAUCAAGUGCCUUGCAACAUGUAUUGCAAUUUUGUAUGAUGAAGUACAUGUAAUUAUGAAAGAAAUUCAUUUGUAUGCUUUUUAUAACUUUGUAUUUAUUUGUAUAACUUUGUAUACCAUAUAUUGUCUUUGACAUUUUUCAUAUUAGAAUUAGUUAAAGUAUCAGAUUAAAUGUUUACAGUGUAAUUAUGAUAGUAUGUAAUGAAAACAUUUUAAUUAAAAUGAUAGAACUUUAAUAGAUUGGAGAAAACUGACAACAAUGUACAUAGAUAGUUUUGGUAUUCUAGUAUUUCAUUCUGUUUUGACUUUGUCUAGAAUUUUUCUCUAGAUAAGUAAUGGCCGUGCAUCAGAACCUCCCCCAGACUACCAACACAAAGAUUUACCUUAUAUCCCUCCCCCAGACUACUCUCCUCCUACCAAGCCACGGUCACAAGACAAUGGAAGAGUUUCCCGGAUGAAUGGUAUGACAAUUCAAGCCAAUGGCAGAAUAACACCUGUCAGUAACUGAUGGUAUCUGUGAUAAAUUUUAUACCAACCAGUGUUAAUGUAGUCAAAGAGAUUAUUUAAUGACCUUGCCAUUGAUAAUGCCGGUAUAUUUUAAGAGAUUACUUUAUGUCAUGUAGAUCGAUUUUAUUUAUAUUUUGGUUUCGAAAACAUUAUCUAAGCUUACGGCUUUGUUAGAUAUUCCACUUUUCUUUGUCAACUUAAGUUUGUAGUAUUUUCAAUCUGCCUUGUUGGUGAUUAUUCAGAAUGAGAACCAUUACGAAUGAUGUUUUAAUAUUGUUUUUAGCUUGCUACAUUGUUGUUUUGUUUGAAGUUAUAUUUGUUAAUCUGUAUCACGCAAUGCAUGGAUUUUGUUUGCAUUUGUUUAGCUCACCUAAUCCAAAAGCUCUAAGCAAGCUUUCUGAUCAACUUUGAAUGCCUUCUGCUAUCUGUAAAAUUUUCACAUUUUUUACUUCUUUUAAAGAACCAUAAGGUCAAUUUCAACCAAAUCUCCACAAAAAUCCUUUAGUGUAGAAAAUUUAAGUUUAUGGAAACGGAAGCUAGGCCUUGUCCCAAUAAGUAAGAAAUAGUGAAAAUGGGAUGGAGUAUUAAGAAAACCAUCUUCUCAAGAAGCCAGAAAAACCAACAUUCGUAAGAGAUAUUGCUUAUGUACUGAUUCAAGUUUCUUCAUACCAUGACAACACCCCCCCCCCCCCCCCCCCCCAGGUCAAAGAUCGGUCACAAUAGAGUUCAAAGUUAAUUGGUUAUGUGUAGGAAAAUUCUUCUGAAGAGCCUUAGGGGUACAAAUUGUCAAACUUUAGAAAAUGCAAGCAUCCUCAUGAGAUUCAAAGUUCACUAUUGGUUAUCUAUAGGAAAAUCUUUUUCUCAAGAACCGUAAAGGUACAUAAAAUUAGAUUAAUAUCAAACAUUCUCAUGUAAUGUAGUUUCAGAUUUGUUCAUAGUACCAUGAUCCAUGGAACCAGGGUGGAGACAACAAUAGGGGUUCAAAGUUUAACAUUGGUUACAUAUAGCAAAAGUAUUAGAAAAUCUUUUAAAACUUUUAAAUGGAACAGCUAGAUUUAUCAAAUUCAUAAUGUAGUGUUUUAUUAGGUUUGUUGAUACCAUGACCCCUAGGGCUAGUUUGGUAUUACAUUAAAAAAAACAUUGAAAAUCUUCUCAACAAAUUCAAGAAUACAAAUUGACAAAUUGAUAUGCAGGUAUGCUCAUGUUGUGUACUUUCAGGUUUGUUCAUGUCAUGACCCCAGGGCCAGGUUCAGGCCAAAACAGAUUCAAAGUUAAACAUUGGUUAUAUAGGAAAACUUCAAAAUCAUUUCAAGAACCACAAGGGUAAACACUGUAAAAUUUAUAUUUAAGCAUUUUGAUAUAGUGUUCUUUAAGGAUUUGACAUGCCAUGACCACUGGAGCCAGGUCAGAGCCACAAUAUGGGUUGAAAAUUUAAUAUAUAUCAUGAUUCCUGGGCAGAGCCACAAUAGGUUCAAAAUCUAACAUUGGAUAUAUAUAUUUCAAACUAUAAUCUUUUCAAUAAAUACAAGUUAACAUGAUUGUUAAAUUGAUAUGCAAGCAACCUCUGACACGAAGCCUUGAUUUGACAUCUGUUCAUGCCAGACCUCUUGGUGUUCAGGUGAACGAUGUGGCCCAUGGGCCCCUUGUGAAGAUGCGUGUAUUUUUAUAUACCUUGGUAUUUUAUAUGUGCUUAAUGCACAUCGUUUACUGUAUAAAUGAUAUAUGUACAAGGAAGAUUUUAUGGAAAAAAAUUAUCUGAUUGGUUUAUUUUGUCAUGUGACUGGAGAGAAUAAACAUCAUAUUUGAAUUUUGGUUAAAAAUUAUAUGCUAUCUCUGCUGAACCACUUAAACAUUUACCUUCUAAUACUUUAUUAUCAUUCAUAAUGAGAAUAUUUAUUUGGCAAACUGUGGCACAGAUUACAUAAGAACAACAUUGUUACAAAAUUAAAAGAAAUUUACUAAAAGAAAAUAGGUAACAUAUUUAUCAGUUGACUACAUAAAACAGUUUCUCUCUCCAGAUUUUGUUAGCAUAAACACAACUUCUUACUAGAAAAGGAAAUGUUCACCCUGUAAUUAUGCAUGAAAUGUUACAUUUAUUCAUUAUUGUGACGUCAGUUGCCAUUGUGUUGUUCUGAUCAUUCAUUUACCAUAGUAAUAGCCAUUGUGAUGUGGCCUCUCUGGAUGACUUGCAGUAUUCAUUUAUAAAAAUGGUAUUCUCACAUUUCCCCUUAUAAAAAAACCCAGUGCAAACAUAAAGUCAUUUAUUCCAUGGGUUAAUAAAGUUGGGAUGUCAAGCUCGUCAUAAGUCAGUGAUAGUGUAUGAUUGAAGUUCAAUAACACCAGAGGCUAGAGAUAUUCCAUAAAGCAUUGUGAUGUUACAAUCAAAUGUCAAGAUACACAAACCAGUUUAUUGAAAUCCAUAAUUCUGUCGUAAAUGAGAUUUCUAGAACAGAUAUAUGAUAAAAAAUUAAUAUUCAGGGGAUAGGAAGCUUUACUAGAAACUUAUUAUUUGUAGUUGAAUUAAACUCUCAUGUACCCUUGACUAUCAUACAACAUAUAUAUAUAUAUAUUGUAAUUGAGAUUAUUGUGUUAAAAUAUUACCGGUGCAAGCAGAAUGUACAUUUUCUCCUAGAUGAUUUUUUCAUCUCGAUAUGAAGAGUUCUUGUAUGAUUUCCGGAACAUUUUUAAACAUUAUAUUGUAGUAAUGUUGCCAUCCUUCUUAUAUUGAUUGACCUGGAUAGCUCAGUGGAUAGCUAGAUCACCUUACUAGUAAUACAAGGGUUUCUGGUUUAUAUAUAUUGACCUGGGUAGCUCAGGGGAUAGAUCACCUUACUAGUAAUACAAAGGUUUCUGGUUUGAUACUUGAUUUUUCUGAAGAUUUUUCUCUUCUUUUUUGCAAGGGUAAUGUUCAUCUACAUUUUGUAGUAAAACAUAAGAGCUGAUUUUACAAGUUUGCAACAAGGAGCUAUCAAAAUAUGCUACCUCUAAAACAGACCUGGUGAUAUGUAAUAUGUACCUCAAUAGUUAUGUAGAAAAGAGGUAGAAUGCAAGUGAAUUGUCAUUCUCUCACCAAAGGGCGCGCUACACAAGUUUCACUGUUGUGGAGCGUAGUGUAACACCCUCUGGUGAGAGAUUGGUGAAUUGUACGUGAAAUGUCAUGAAACGUUAUGUAGAUCCUUAAAAUUCACAUCUGACAUCAUCAGUAUAAUGUGUUUAUGCCUGCCUGCUCGUGUUUAACAUGACGUCCCUAAUCCUCAUAUGUACUUGUAUCUUAUUGAUCAGUGUAUAUAUGUUUAUGAUAUACAGUAAGCUGUGAUAAAAUAUUUAACGUAGCAACACAAGUCAGCUUCUCAUAGGAAUGUAUUUGAAGGUUAUAAUGUAUUUGCUUGUAUGCAUCCAUCCAAGACAUUUUUCCUUGAUGCUUUGAUACAUAUUUGUAUUCAUAGUUUACGCAUAAUAGCUUGUGUAUUUCUGGUUUUAUUUUAUCAUGUUAACUGUUCAGUGUUGUUAAAGUUUGUACACCAGUGAAUCUCAUAAUUAAGCCAUUUAUUUUGUACCCGUCUGCCAUAUCAUUUAUUAUACUGUAUAAAUAAAAUGUGUACUGUUCAGAAAAAAGAUUUUUAUUCAAUUUGAACUGUAAAUUCAGUGACUGAAUGAUUAAGCUAACAUUGAUAUCAGUGUUCUGUUAGCAAAGUAGAACAACAGAACAGUCUUUCAGUAUGCAGUGUACAUGAUGCAUUUAUGAUUUACAUUCAUCAGACUAUCAUGUGGUUUUAUGCUGCUCAUUUGGAAUGGCAGUUCUUAAUUUUGUUUGUUUUUAUUUAUUUAUAUUUCUUUAUUGAUAUUGGGGGGGAUCUGUUCAUACGUCCAACAAAUUUUGAAUGAAAAGAAUGUGAUGAAUUUCUUGUUAAUUUUGUAAUAAUGAUUAGCGUUAUUCAUUUUAAACCAUAUUAGCCAUUCAGUAUAGUUUUUCACUAUGCCAAUAUUCUUGAAUCUCAAGAAAUAGUAGUUUCACCAAAUUCUAGAUGAGCUUUAUGUUUAUAAAGAAGAAAUAGUUCAUUUACUUUUGUUCAAACUGAAUUAAACAAUUUUUAUUGAU